UAUACAAAUUUUAUUGCUUUUCUUCGUUCAAGUUUUUGUAUAAUGUUUAUCUAGCCUGGUUCCUUUUUAAACUCAGAUAUCAUUUUUACUCCAGAAUGUUGCAAAAGUGUUACAUUUCCAUAGAAAGCCUACUUAUUUGGAAGAAUAGAUCUGCUGCAAUUGGCGAUAAGUCUUAUAUUUCCGCAAUGAGCUGAAAUUCCUGUCGGCCAUGCGAUUCAUAAAGGGAUAAGCUGAAACUUGGAAGCAAAAAUGGCGAGUUUUGAUUCAGCUGACUUAAAUAUGGGUGAGUCGAUUGCUAACCUGCCAAAACAUCCACUGAAGAGGUUUGAGCCAACUUUGCGAAAAUUUCAAGUGGCACUUCCAGCUGAUCUCGCAAGACUUCAGCAGCACAAAAUAAACAUGGAAAAGUUUUAUCGCUCAGAAGCUUGGUUUGAACUUAAUAAAGAACAAAUUAAUGCUGCAAGGACAGUGCAGCAACUGAAAUCCCACAUGAAAGAAAUAGAAAACACAAGAAGUCAAAUACAGCUGGCAAAUGUACAAGAGUUUGAUGAACGGGUCAAACCAAUACAGGAUGAAGUGUUAGCUGGAGUGAGUUCAUUCAGAGAGGUCCAGCAGAUGUACACUCGUGAAAAGCAGGACAAGGAGCCCAAGAGAAUGCCUUUUGCCAAGAAUAGACACAGAGGUAGUGAUGUGAUUCUGUGCAUACCUUUCUUUGUGCUUCUUUGUAUAGUAGAACUGAUUUCAGGAAUUUCUUCUUUUCUACAACAGGGUUUAGAGGAGCUUAAUGAAUUGAUUCAUGACUUUUCAUCUUUGGUUCAUGAGCAACAAGAAACAAUCGACUCUAUCGAAAACAACAUUGAGAGUGCUCAGGUCAAUGUGCAGGAGGGAACCCGGCAAUUAGGCAAGGCCACCAAGCUCAAAGCGGUUGCCUUUCCCCUGAUCGGUGCAGCAGUAGGAGGAGUAUGUGGGGGACCCGUGGGUUUGGCCGUGGGGUUGAAAGCCGGUGCUGCAGUAGCCUUGGGUGGGGGAAUUGUGGGGUUUUUCGGGGGCAAGUACUUCAAGAAGAAGCAAGAUGAUGCAACUGAUAUUCAACUUGAAAAUCUCAGUUCCAGCAGAGAGGUGAAGAAGUAUCGUUGACAUGGUGUGGAGAUCUGAUCCAUAAGGGUUAAUAACUAUUUUCUCAAGGUUGUGUCUCAUAUGUUAAUGUGAUGACGUUUUUCAGCAGAGAGGUACAUGUAUUUUCACUUGGGAACGCACAGCAUAUAAGAUAGAUGGGUUGUAGAGAAGCUUUCCACAGCUGCGUGGUCCUUGAAAUUGCGAUUUCGUAUAUGUGUUUGUACAAUUGCAAUUGUAAAGCGAGAAUUGUAACUGAAAAUUCAAGCUUUUUUGCCACAAAAUAUCUGGAAUUGUUCUAAACUGAAGUGGAUUGUUCGUUUGUGGCGGAACCAAGGCCUAGAACCUAACAGAACUGUCUUUACCAGUGAUCUUUUGUCACGCAAUUGUGUGUUUUCCAAAUUAUAGUAGAUGUAUAUAGACUGUGGCAGCCACUAUUAUCGUCGAGUGGGACACGAAAGAACGCGCGUGAGGAAUAAUGGCCGCGCGAGGUCCACACGCGACAGACUAAGAGAAUGCUAGAGUACAUAAGUAAAAACAAUGGACAUGUACACGAACCUAAAUAAAGUAUUGUCUAACCAAGCCUA